AUGGAUGACGAAUCUUUCUCCUUUCCCCCACACUUCGAAUUUGCAGCUCAGCGCAGACGAGACGAGAUUGAGCAGGUUUAUAUGCUAGCCGGAUUCUGGAUCGAGUCAGCACUCUACGGGAUCUACUUUGUCUUGUUCAUGGGGUUCACCAGGUUCACGCUUAGCCGACGCUCAAUAGGUUCGGAUCCCCUAGCCAAGCGUGUGUUCACCUACCUCAUCACAGUCAUGUUCAUACUCUCGACAUACUGGAUGGGUGUGUCGGCUCGAUUACCUCCGUCUACGUCCCUCCCUAACUCCGUCCUCUCCGCGACUGUGCCUGCAGGCGUCAACAUCUACCGAUUUCUUGAAGCAUACGCUCUGAUGAACGCACCAGGCGGUCUCCCCAUCUACUACUUUCGCGAUUUCAGCACCUGGUACAACUUUUCGUACGCGAUAAUCAGCUCCAUGCUAUUCUGGAUCGCAGACUUCCUGGCGCCACCCUCGUACUCAACGACGCCCUUACAGAUAUACAGAUGUUUCAUAAUCUGGGAUAGGAGCUAUAGGAUUGUAGCGCUCCCAUUCCUACUCCUGGUUGCUAGUAUAGGCACCAACGGGGUAAAUUUCCACUUCUUCCUGAACGGUCCAAAGGCGAUCCCCAACGGCUUCCGCACCAUCCUUCCCCUUCUCGACUUUGUCUACCCAGGACACCUCGGGCAGAACGUCAUGACGACUGCGCUUAUAGCGUACAAGAUCUGGCGCCGCCAUUCUGAAAGCCGCGCCGCUGGAAUACGCGUUACAUCGACCAUAACCCUGCUGGGCGUGGCUAGGAUUGUAGUGGAAAGCGCGAUGAUCUACACGAUGCAGAUGCUUGCGCUCGUGGUUCUGCAUAUCAAGAAACACCCGCUCAGAGUCGUUUUCCAGGCGGCUAUUGUCCCGAGUACAGACUUCAUUCCAGAAACCACCACUCUCUCUUUCCCCACCUUCUUCGGAGUAAUUCUCCUUCCCGCGGUACUCGCACUAAACUAA